AUGGGGGAUAUUCGUCAUCACGAAACUGGCAAACAUGCCGUCGUGUUUGGAUGCUCUGGCAUCAAUGGCUGGGCUCUGGUCAAUCAGCUCCUGUCGGGAUACCCUUCAGCUGAAUCCUUUUCUAAAGUGACCGCGAUUGCCAAUCGACCGUUCACUGCAGAGGAUGCAAAAUGGCCACAAAAUGACCGAUUACAGAUCAUUACCGGUAUUGAUCUCCUGGGCAAAGAUGAUGUUUCCCUCGUAAAAGCAUUUGCCGAAAAAGGGAAUUCCAUCGAGACCGUGAGCCACGUCUACUAUGCAGCAUACCGCGCAAGCGACACGCCAGCGGAGGAAUGUGUUGUUAACAAGGAGAUGCUUCGCGCGGCCGUUCAAGGCUUAGAAGCCGUUUCUUCGAAGUUGGAGUUUGUCACCUUGAUUACGGGUACUAAGGCCUACGGUGUUUAUCUACUGGAAAAGUUCCCAUUCCGAGGACAAGUCCCAUUGAAGGAAGAUUUGCCUCGUGUCCCUGCGGAGUACGCGAAGGAUUUGUUCUACUAUCAUGAGGUAGACCUCCUCCAGAAGCUCUCCGUUGGCAAGACCUGGUCGUGGUGCGAGGUCCGACCGGAUGUUAUUGUCGGUGUGGCCCCCUUUGGAAACGCAAAUUGCAUGGCUCAGACUAUGGGCAUUUACUUGGGCUUAUACCGGGCUCUUGAAGGAGAGGGCGCCCGAGUUCCCUUCCCUGGAAACGAGACUACAUGGCGUUUGCUUUCAACGGAUUCCAAUCAGGACAUCAUAGCUCGCUUCUGUAUACACGCAUCGUUCCAAAACCGGGAGAAAGUGCAUGCUCGUGCAUUCAAUAUCGCUGACAGUGCAACCCCCGUUUCAUGGUCUCAGCGAUGGCCCGUACUCGCUCGUUACUUUGGUCUUGAAGGCACAGGCCCAGAUGACUCGAGUGUUCACCCAACAGUUUAUGUGGAGCGUCACUGGGAGGAAUUCCAGAACUUGUGUCGCAAGGCCAAUCUCCAGGAGGAUAUCAUUUACAAGAGCAUGCACAACACUGGAGCUAGAAUGGGCAGUCUUCGUCUGAUGGACUUCGAUCGGCCUUUCGAUCUAGGAAGAGCACGAGCUCUAGGAUUUACUGAGGAGCUUAGUACUGAAGCCUCCUGGUAUAACGCCUUCGAUCGAGUACGCAAGGCAAGGAUCAUGUUGUAG